AUGCGGAGGCAAUAUGGAAUAAACUAUUUUGAAGCUUGUAGGUUAAUGGAAAUUUGCAUUAGGCUUGUAUUACUGAUCCAUGCUGCUGCAACAAUCUUGGACAGAAAUAAUUUGAUCAAGUAUGAUCGCAAAAGUGGCUAUUUCCAAGUUACAGACUUAGGUCGGGUUGCUAGUUACUACUAUAUUACUCAUGGGACCAUUUCUACAUACAAUGAGCAUUUGAAGCCAACAAUGGGUGAUAUCGAACUCUGUCGGUUGUUCUCCCUCAGUGAAGAAUUCAAAUAUGUGUCAGUGAGACAAGAUGAGAAGAUGGAAUUGGCGAAGCUCUUGGAUCGUGUACCCAUUCCCAUAAAGGAAAGCUUGGAAGAGCCUAGUGCCAAGAUUAAUGUCCUACUUCAGGCAUAUAUUUCACGACUUAAGCUUGAGGGGCUUUCACUGACAUCAGACAUGGUGUUCAUUACCCAGAGUGCUGGUCGUCUUAUGCGAGCUCUUUUCGAGAUUGUGGUUAAACGAGGAUGGGCGCAAUUAGCUGAGAAGGCUUUGAAUUUGUGCAAAAUGGUCAACAAAAGAAUUUGGAGCGUCCAGACACCCCUCCGCCAAUUCAAUGGAAUUCCAAAUGAGAUCUUGAUGAAACUGGAGAAGAAAGAUUUGGCCUGGGAGAGGUUCUAUGAUCUUUCUGCGCAGGAAAUUGGAGAGCUCAUACGCUACCCUAAGAUGGGGAGACCACUUCACAAAUUCAUUCACCAGUUUCCAAAGCUUAACCUGGCUGCACAUGUUCUACCUAUCACUCGUUCUGUGUUGAGAGUUGAACUCACUGUAACUCCAGAUUUUCAGUGGGAGGACAAAGUACAUGGGUAUGUUGAACCAUUUUGGGUUAUUGUUGAGGACAAUGAUGGGGAAUACAUUCUUCAUCAUGAAUAUUUCAUGCUUAAGAAGCAGUAUAUUGAUGAGGACCACACUUUAAGUUUCACAGUGCCAAUCUAUGAACCAUUACCGCCUCAAUACUUCAUUCGUGUUGUGUCAGAUAGGUGGCUCGGGUCGCAGUCUGUCUUACCUGUUUCUUUCAGACACCUGAUCUUACCAGAAAAGUAUCCUCCACCUACUGAAUUGUUGGACUUGCAACCAUUGCCUGUGACGGCACUGAGAAAUCCCUCAUAUGAAGCUCUCUAUCAAGAAUUCAAGCAUUUUAAUCCUAUCCAAACGCAGGUUUUCACUGUGUUGUACAAUACAGAUGACAAUGUCUUGGUUGCAGCUCCAACUGGAAGUGGCAAGACCAUCUGUGCAGAGUUCGCCCUUUUGAGGAAUCAUCAGAAAGGACCUGAGUCUGUCAUGCGUGCAGUUUAUAUUGCUCCUAUUGAGGCUCUUGCCAAAGAACGAUAUCGUGAUUGGGAACGGAAGUUUGGAAAGGGCCUAGGGAUGAGGGUUGUUGAAUUGACAGGAGAAACUACAACAGACCUGAAACUUCUUGAGAAAGGGCAAAUAAUUAUCAGUACCCCUGAGAAAUGGGAUGCUUUGUCCCGCCGCUGGAAACAGCGCAAACAUGUUCAGCAAGUGACCCUUUUUAUAAUUGAUGAGAUUCACUUAAUUGGCGGUCAAGGGGGUCCUGUCUUGGAAGUUAUAGUAUCUCGGAUGAGAUACAUUGCAAGUCAGGGUGAGAACAAGAUAAGGAUAGUGGCGCUUUCAGCUUCUCUUGCAAAUGCCAAAGACCUUGGGGAAUGGAUAGGUGCAACCUCUCAUGGCCUUUUCAAUUUUCAUCCGAGUGUUCGUCCUGUGCCUCUGGAGAUACAUAUUCAAGGUGUGGAUAUAGCUAAUUUUGAAGCGAGGAUGCAAUCAAUGUCGAAGCCAACAUACACUGCUAUUGUCCAACAUGCAAAGAAUGGAAAACCUGCUCUGGUGUUUGUUCCAACCAGGAAGCAUGCUCGGCUUACUGCAGUUGAUCUGAUGACUUACUCGGGUGUAGACAGUGGGGAGAAGCCGGAAUUUCUGCUUAGAUCAGUAGAAGAUUUGGAACCUUUAAUUUCAAAGGUGAGUGAGCCCAUGCUUAGUGCUACUCUUCGUCAUGGUGUGGGCUACUUGCAUGAAGGUCUUACCAGCAUGGACCAGGAAGUAGUGUCACAUUUAUUUGAGGCUGGGUGGAUUCAGGUCUGUGUUGCUAGCAGCUCAAUGUGCUGGGGGAUGCCAUUAUCAGCUCACUUGGUUGUGGUUAUGGGAACGCAAUAUUAUGAUGGAAGGGAAAAUGCUCACACAGACUACCCAGUUACUGAUCUGUUGCAGAUGAUGGGUCACGCCAGUAGACCUCUUCUAGAUAAUUCUGGUAAAUGUGUCAUUCUCUGUCAUGCGCCUCGGAAAGAAUACUAUAAGAAGUUCUUGUAUGAGGCAUUGCCGGUAGAAAGUCAUCUGCAGCAUUACUUGCAUGACAACCUGAAUGCAGAAAUAGUUGUUGGAGUAAUUGAGAACAAACAAGAUGCUGUGGAUUACCUGACAUGGACAUUCAUGUACCGGAGGCUCACUCAAAAUCCUAACUACUACAACCUCCAGGGAGUAAGCCACAGGCAUCUCUCUGAUCAUCUCUCAGAGCUUGUGGAGAACACAUUGAGUGACUUGGAAGCAAGCAAGUGUGUUGCUAUAGAGGAUGAUAUGGACCUUUCUCCUCUGAACCUCGGCAUGAUAGCAUCAUACUACUACAUCAGCUACACUACUAUAGAGCGUUUCAGUUCAUCGUUAACUUCCAAAACAAAGAUGAAAGGCUUGCUUGAGAUUCUGGCUUCUGCUUCUGAAUAUGCAGAGCUUCCAAUACGACCUGGGGAGGAAGAAUUGAUAAGAAAAUUGAUUAACCACCAGAGGUUUGCAUUUGAGAAUCCCAAAUGUACAGAUCCACAUGUAAAGGCAAACGCAUUGCUACAGGCUUACUUCUCAAGGCACACAGUAGUUGGUAACUUGGCUUCUGACCAGCGAGAAGUACUCCUUUCUGCUAGUAGGUUGCUUCAAGCUAUGGUAGAUGUAAUAUCCAGCAAUGGGUGGCUUAGCCUGGCUCUUCUUGCCAUGGAAGUGAGUCAGAUGGUUACACAGGGCAUAUGGGAGCGUGAUUCUAUGCUUCUACAGCUUCCUCACUUCACAAAAGAGCUGGCAAAGAAAUGCCAAGAGAACCCAGGAAAGAGUAUAGAAACGGUGUUUGAUUUGGUGGAGAUGGAGGAUGAUGAGCGGCAAGAGUUGCUGCUGAUGACAGAUUCACAGUUGCUGGACAUUGCUCGCUUCUGCAACCGUUUCCCCAACAUAGAUAUGACAUAUGAGGUGUUGGAGAGUGACAACAUAAGAGCCGGGGAUGAUGUUACCUUGCAAGUCACCCUUGAACGGGAUCUUGAAGGGAGGUCCGAGGUGGGACCUGUUUAUGCUCCCAGGUAUCCCAAAGCCAAAGAAGAAGGAUGGUGGCUUGUGGUAGGUGAUAGCAAAACUAACCAGUUGCUUGCCAUCAAGAGGGUUGCCCUGCAGCGUAAGUCGAAAGUCAAGCUCGAGUUCGUUGCUCCUGCGGAAGCUGGAGAGAAGUCGUAUACUCUUUAUUAUAUGUGUGAUUCAUAUAUGGGUUGUGACCAGGAGUAUGAAUUUAGUCUUGAUGUCAGAGAAGCAGGUGCUGGUGAUGACAGUGGGAGGGAAUGAAAACAUUAUACAGAAUAUCUGUCCAUACUGAAUGUUUUACUAUUAUGUAUGCAUAUGAAUCUUUAACUACUCUCCUCGUACAUGCCUCGAGAAAAAAUAUGUCCUUGACUAUUUUAUCAAUCACAUGUUCUGCGUGAUAUCUUCGACUGGGGGCAACUUUCUUCCUGGUAAUAUUUGAAUGCUGUUACCUUAUCAAUCGCAUGUCAUGUUUUGUUUUCCA